AAACAACAGGAUGUGACGUACCAGGACGCGCAACGUCUCUUGUUGGCAUGGAUUUAGGGUGAACGGAAACACACCCUAAUAUACGGUUGUAUCUGUAUUAGUCAGCUUUUAAACAGAACGGCCGAAGUUAUGAUGUUUUAAUGUUCACGACGGCUAUGCAAUGUUGCGUCCCAACUAAAACUAAACGCAGUGAUGAUGAAGAGGAAGACGCUAAGGCGGCUCAGGCUGAGUCCUAAUGAAGAGUCGCAGCUCCUCCGAGAGGAACAAGACCGGAGGAGAAAGAUACGGAUACAGCAGGUGCGGGAGCAGGCACGCGCCAAUGCUCUCCACAUCAGGACCGAUGUGCAGAGGAGACGGGAGCAGGAGCUCCAGCUGCUGGCCGAGGAGCUCCGGCAGGACUGGGAGCUUCAGCAGAGCGAGAAGAUCCAAGCUCUGCAGAGGUUGUAUGAGGAGAGCCUCCGCCUGCUAGGACAGGGGCACCGCAGCGCCAAGGAAAACGAGCCCGACUGGGAGGCCAUGGCCCAGCACACUGAGGAGAACCAGGUGAAGGCCAAGCAGCGCUACAGAGAAGCCCUGAAGGAGCUCACGUCCCAGAGACACCGAGAACAGGAGGAGCACAACCGUCCAGCUGACGCCAGGAGAAAGGCCCUGCAGGCAGAGCGGCAGCGUGCCGCCUGGGUGGCCAGCCUCCCCCCACCUCCUCCCCACCCCAUGGAGACCAUGGAGGAGAACAGGCCUCCUGCUGGGAGAUCUAACGUCAGUGGGUUCUCAGCAACGCACCAUCACUGCCCAGAGCCCACCGUGGACAGGGAGGUCGCUGCUACUCAGCCGGACGCCCACGAGGAGGCGGAGCAGGAGGCCCGGCGGCUGCUGGAGCGGGGGAGCGAGGCGGAGCGGCAGCGGGAGGAGCGGCAGGAGACGGCACGUCUCCGAGGAAGGUCCGCUCUGAAGAGGGAACAGCUGACUCAGGACCGGGAGCGCUUGGUGGUGGAGCUGGAGCACAUGCAGCAGACGGAGCUGCUGCGGCGGAGGCAGCAGGUGGCCCAGAUGCCCGCGCAGAUCUUCCAGCCUCUCCACCGACGGCGGGAGGCCCGGGAGGACGGUCAGAGGGACAUGGAGUUCGCCUUCGAGGACAUGUACACCGGGGAGAGGAGAGUCAAGGGUGACCUGGUUCUCCAGCUGGUCCCGGAGCCCCUGCCGGCUCCAUCCACCUCCUCCAGUCAGGACCAGGAGCUGGAUGUAACCGUGGACGACGGUGAGGACACUCCCCCGGAGGUCACCCCGGAGGCCGAGGCCGGUCACCAUGGCAACGGGCAGCAUCCAGGACCGGCUACAGGGCGAGUGGAACCGCCCCAACCGGCCCAUCGACAGGCCCUGCGGAAACUCCUGAAUCGUAUCAGGGCCCAGAGGGACAAGGGGUGGGACCAGGGCAGGGACCACCCCCAGGAACCCGACCUCAUCUCCUCUGCCCCCGCCUGCCAGCCGGAUGAAGAACCAGAGCGGGACUCCUCCAUCGACACGGGGUCUAUGUCCGUGGAGGAGCAAGGGAGAGAGGCCUCCAGCCCACAGCUCCUCCCGGGGCCCGCCCCUGUGUUGGAGACCACGGGAGAGGAGUCUGUGCUGGCGCCACUCCCUCCAGACGUCCUCUCCAGCAGGAUGUAUGAGUGGAAGGAAAGGGAGGCGGCGCUGGAGCGGGAGAAGCGGCAGCAGAUGGUUCUGCUGGAGGACCUGGAGGAGCAGAAGUCGCGGCUGGAGGCCAUGCUGCGGGACGCCCAGCGGGAGAGACGGGACAUGCAGGCCGCCGUCAACCAGGACGUCUCUCCCCAGGAACCGGAGGUACCUGACGUUCCUCCUCCUGCUGCCUCUGAGCUAGAGGGCUCCACGGGGAAAGAUCAAAGCAGCCGCAUCCGACAGCACCAACGGCGCCUCCUGGAGCAGAACAGGGUCCACCAGCGGUCGGUGGCGGUCGCCCGGCAGCGUCUGGAGCAGUACCAGCGGGCGCUUCGGAUCCGCCACAGCGCGGGCGUCAUGCCCAGGCCCCCCGCAGGGCCCCCCGCAGGCCUCGCCCCCCGUCCUCCUCUCGGCCUGUCGGCUGAGACCGCCGUACCGGUGGCCAGCCCCCCGGCUGUACCCCGCCCCACAGUGCCAGCCUCGGCCCCGGGAGAGAUCCCCGUCCUGCGGCCGGAUGCCUGGAGGACCCCUCCUCCACCGCCCCGUCGCCCCGACCUGCGUCCAGUGCCCAGCCUGGCCCCAGACCCGACUCGCUUCCCCCUGGACUCGCCGGAGGACGAUGCAAACGGGCCUCCUCCUGCCCGUAGAGCAGGCCUCUCAGCCUGGCUGACCGACAGCAUCAUGGAGCGGGCAACGGGCCACCUCCCGGAGAGCCUGAGGUCGCCGCCGGCCGCCCCGAACCCUUUCACUCAUCGUCCACUCGGGACAGCAGAGAGUGUCACUACCGGUGUGCGGCAGAGCUCCCGACUCGCUGGGAAAGGAGAUGUGGAGAGGCAGAGGUUUGAGCUGCUGGAGGCCCGCCGGCGGACGCAGGAGCAAAGGGAGGAGGUGGCGCAGCAGCUCCGGGAGCAAGAGGAGGCGCAAGGGAGAAGGGAGGCGGAGAGAUGCAGCCAUGAGGCACAACAGCGAUGGGAGGAGGAGAGUCGGAGAAAGGCAGAGGAGGAGAGAUGCACACAGGAGGAGAGACGGAGACGGGAGGAGCAACAGAGGCACGAGGAGCAACGCAGGCUGGAGGAGAGAUGGACACGGGAAGAGCUGCAAAGAGAAGAGGAGGAGGAGGAGGAGCAAAAGAGACAUGAUGAAGACCAGAGGGAACAGAUGAGGAGGCAGAGGGAGGCACUGCAGGCUUUGAUCAACACGGAGACACAAGGCCCACGGGCUUGUCCGGUAGCUGAACCGCUGCCGGCGGCGGGCGAGGAGGAGGAGGGCCGGAGCCGCCUGAGCCUCCUGUCCUCUCUGCUCAGGGCCAUCGAGGAGUCUCACGGGGGCUCUCUGUCUCACCUCGAGGAGCAACCCCAGCCAGCCCCCUGCACCCCAUCUCCUCCUGCCGGCGAUCCUGGCCCUCUGCGUGGCGGUUUGCCUUCCCAGUCCUGGGGGGCAGCUCGGGCCCAGAGGCCCCCACUGACCCGCGUGAAGCUCGGCGCCAUGGUGACGUUGCCGGGGCAACACGAGCUGAGUGUCAUCCAGGAGGUGGAGACGCCGGGCGAGCGCAGCCUGGCGGCCACAGGGCCGGAGGAUGUCUUUGGGUCUCGGACCCUCGCAGCAGAAGGCGCCCCUGGGUCCUGGGACAGACAGCAGAGACCUGGAGCUCUGCUGACCCACGUAGAUCAGAGGUCUGUGGUCUGUAGCCCCCUCCCCGACUCAGAGCUCUCCACUGAGCUGUCCUGGAAGAAGAGGCUGCUGGAACAGCCCCCUGAGACAGAGCCCGGUCCCUCCAGGCCCUCCGGGGGGCCAUCUGAGCAGCCCCUCGCCGCAGUAGGGGCCCCUGGGUCCAGGGACAGACACCAGAGACCUGGAGCUCUGCAAACCCACGUAGAGCAGAGGUCUGCGGUCUGUAGCGACUCGGAGCUCUCCACUGAGCUGUCCUGGAGGAAGAGGCUGCUGGAACAUCCCCCUGAGACAGAGCCCGGUCCCUCCAGGCCCUCCGGGGGGCCAUCUGAGCAGCCCCUCGCCGCAGUAGGGGCCCCUGGGUCCAGGGACAGACACCAGAGACCUGGAGCUCUGCAAACCCACGUAGAGCAGAGGUCUGCGGUCUGUAGCGACUCGGAGCUCUCCACUGAGCUGUCCUGGAGGAAGAGGCUGCUGGAACAUCCCCCUGAGACAGAGCCCGGUCCCUCCAGGCCCUCCGGGGGGCCAUCUGAGCAGCCCCUCGCCGCAGUAGGGGCCCCUGGGUCGAGAGACGGACACCAGAGACCUGGAGCUCUGCAAACCCACGCAGAGGAGACGUCUGCCGUCUGUAGCCCCCUCCCCGCCUCAGAGCUCUCCACUGAGCUGUCCUGGAGGAAGAGGCAGCUGGAACAGCCCCCUGAGACAGAGCCCGGUCCCUCCAGGCCCUCCGGGGGGCCAUCUGAGCAGCCCCUCGCCGCAGUAGGGGCCCCUGGGUCCAGGGACAGACACCAGAGACCUGGAGCUCUGCAGACCCACGUAGAGCAGAGGUCUGCGGUCUGUAGCGACUCAGAGCUCUCCACUGAGCUGUCCUGGAGGAAGAGGCUGCUGGAACAGCCCCCUGAGACAGAGCCCGAUCCCUCCUGGGGGCCAUCUGAGAAGCCCCUCGCCGCAGUAGGGGCCCCUGGGUCCAGGGACAGACACCAGAGACCUGGAGCUCUGCAGACCCACGUAGAGCAGAGGUCUGCGGUCUGUAGCGACUCAGAGCUCUCCACUGAGCUGUCCUGGAGGAAGAGGCUGCUGGAACAGCCCCCUGAGACAGAGCCCGAUCCCUCCAGGCCCUCCUGGGGGCCAUCUGAGCAGCCCCUCGCCGCAGUAGGGGCCCCUGGGUCGAGAGACGGACACCAGAGACCUGGAGCUCUGCAAACCCACGCAGAGGAGACGUCUGCCGUCUGUAGCCCCCUCCCCGCCUCAGAGCUCUCCACUGAGCUGUCCUGGAAGAAGAGGCUGCUGGAACAGCCCCCUGAGACAGAGCCCGGUCCCUCCAGGCCCUCCUGGGGGCCAUCUGAGCAGCCCCUCGCCGCCGUAGGGGCCCCUGGGUCCAGGGACAGACACCGGAGACCUGGAGCUCUGCAGACCCACGUAGAGCAGAGGUCUGCGGUCUGUAGCGACUCGGAGCUCUCCACUGAGCUGUCCUGGAGGAAGAAGCAGCUGGAACAGCCCCCUGAGACAGAGCCCGGUCCCUCCAGGCCCUCCUGGGGGCCUUCUGAGCAGCCCCUCGCCGCAGUAGGGGCCCCUGGGUCGAGAGACGGACACCAGAGACCUGGAGCUCUGCAGACCCACGUAGAGCAGAGGUCUGCGGUCUGUAGCGACUCAGAGCUCUCCACUGAGCUGUCCUGGAGGAAGAGGCUGCUGGAACAGCCCCCUAAGACAGAGCCCGGUCCCUCCAGGCCCUCCUGGGGGCCUUCUGAGCAGCCCCUCGCCGCAGUAGGGGCCCCUGGGUCGAGAGACGGACACCAGAGACCUGGAGCUCUGCAGACCCACGUAGAGCAGAGGUCUGCGGUCUGUAGCGACUCAGAGCUCUCCACUGAGCUGUCCUGGAGGAAGAGGCUGCUGGAACAGCCCCCUGAGACAGAGCCCGGUCCCUCCAGGCCCUCCUGGGGGCCUUCUGAGCAGCCCCUCGCCGCAGUAGGGGCCCCUGGGUCCAGGGACAGACACCGGAGACCUGGAGCUCUGCUGACCCACGUAGAGGAGAGGUCUGCUGUCUGUAGCCCCCUGCCUGCCUCAGAGCUCUCCACUGAGCUGUCCUGGAGGAAGAGGCAGCUGGAACAGCCCCCUGAGACAGAGCCCGGUCCCUCCAGGCCCUCCUGGGGGUCAUCUGAGCAGCCCCUCGCCGCAGUAGGGGCCCCUGGGUCCAGAGACAGACACCAGAGACCUGGAGCUCUGCAGACCCACGUAGAGCAGAGGUCUGCGGUCUGUAGCGACUCAGAGCUCUCCACUGAGCUGUCCUGGAGGAAGAGGCUGCUGGAACAGCCCCCUGAGACAGAGCCCGGUCCCUCCAGGCCCUCCUGGGGGCCAUCUGAGCAGCCCCUCGCCGCAGUAGGGGCCCCUGGGUCGAGAGACAGACACCAGAGACCUGGAGCUCUGCAAACCCACGCAGAGGAGACGUCUGCCGUCUGUAGCCCCCUCCCCGCCUCAGAGCUCUCCACUGAGCUGUCCUGGAAGAAGAGGCAGCUGGAACAGCCCCCUGAGACAGAGCCCGGUCUCUCCAGGCCCUCCUGGGGGCCAUCUGAGCAGGGAGGACGGUCGUCCGGUUCUUCCGUGUCUCCGGGUUCCGUCGGCAGCGGCUACACUGCCAACUCCGGGUCUGCUAGUAGGCCGGCCUACCCAGACGACUCCUCCUCCAGCAGCCUCUCCACCGGGAGCUACGUCACCACUGACCCUGAACACAACUCCGCCCACACAGACGUCUCGGAGCCCCACUCGGGGGCGGAGCUUAUACGACCAGUUACCCCGACCGGCGGCUUCCUUGCGGCCGUCUCCCCCCCGUCGGCCCCGUCCAGCCGCAGCUCCUGCAGUGUGGCGCUAUCGUCUGUGGCGGACUCAUCGUCUCCAGGCCCCUCCUUCUCCAUGGGCCACCAGACGUCCCCCGGCUCAGAGACGUCCCCUGGCUCAGAGACGUCCCCUGGCCGGGCCGUAGCUGCUUUGUUCCAUGAAAGCAGCAUCCAGCGCAUCAUAGACAAGUACACCAGAGAGCUCAAUGCCUCCCUCUGCAGCAGUGCGGACACCACAGGGUCAUCUAUAGCCCAGGAGGAGAACCAGGUCCCACCGAGUCCAGCUCAGGUCCCGACCGCGACUCCCACCACAGAGACGGCUCCACCAAGGCCUGGCCUGGAGUGGGACAACGCCGUCAACCAGAUCCUGGAGCAGUUCUCUGAAAGCGUCUCAUUGGUGCAGGACAUCUCAUUCAGGCCUCUGAUUGGUCAGCAGGAUCAGUCGUCCUGUCUGGCCGCAGACGGGCGGCACUCGGCUGUGGGGCGCCUCAUUGGUCAGCCGUCGGCCCAGUCCUCCAUGAUUGGGCAGCUCCCAGGCCCGUCGGUGCGCGCGGGAGCCAACGACGGUGCGUGGGACUCCACGUUGAGCCGCAUGAUCGACCGCCUCUCCCACCAGCCCUGCUCCCUGUGGUCGAGCGGCGGGCGCGACUCCUACGCCAGCCCGCUGAUGGGGCGGCUGGGGUUGGAGCAGUCGUCGGUGUCCUUCGACGAAGCGCAGGAGGAGAGCCGGAUGAGGCCUCUGAUUGGUCAGUUGGACGAGUCGGGCGUCACAAGACCAGGAAGCACAGGUGGUCUCGGCGGCAGCGUGGGUCCUACAGGGUCAGACCCAGUCCAGGUCCUAGGAGACCCACCUGCCCCAGAAUCCCCCCCCCACCGACCUCCUCCUCACCAGCCCAGCCGCGAUUGGCCCAGCAGUGGGCCGGACCGCUACGCCAGCCAGCUGAUUGGCCAGCCGGGUUUGGAGGAGACGUCUCUGUGGCUGGAUGAUGCACCGGAGCAGGGCGGGAUGAAGCCCCUGAUUGGCCAGCUAUACGACUCGGCCGUGCAGGCGGCCGGAAGCUCAGGCGAGGGAGGCAGCAGCAGCAGCAGCCUGGGCUCUGUGGAGUCGGUCCUGGUGGCUCCUCCUCCUCCACCUGCCUCCCAGCCCUCUGCCCCCCUCUGUCCUCCUCACCAGCCCAGCGCCCCUCAGCCCAGCGACGGCCAGCUGGUCAGGCGGCUGGAGUUCGAUCAGUCGUCGCUGUGGCUGGAUGACGGCCGCGAGGAGGGCGGGAUGAGGCCUUUGAUUGGCCGGCUGGACGAGUCGGGCGCGCAGGCAGCUGGAAGCUCGGGUUACGGCAGCUCCAGAACGGAGCAGACCCGGCUGAACAGAGGACCCAGCGACGGCACCGGCGGGUCUCCCCAAACGGCCGUGGACCCUGACCUCAGCGCAGUCCCUGAGCCGGAGGUCCCGGACACAAGGACCCGGCCACCCCUGCAUGACCCCAGCACCCCCCUGCAGCAGGACCCAGAAUGCUCUGAAGGGUUUGCAGAUCAGGACUCCUUCCAUCCCCUCCUGGCCCAGGUGACCCUCAACGAGUCCCUCGAACCCUCCAUGACCUUUCACCUGCCGCAACAGGAAGUGCCCAGCUCCCCGGACGGGAGUCACCAGUCCACAGGACGGGAGGAGGCGGCGUCUACAGGUCCGCCACUUGCCCCGCACCUGUCGGAAGAGGAGGACCAGGGGUCCUUGGUCGACCCCUCCCCAGAACACCCAAGGGCCCAGGAGGAGGAGGAGGGGGAGGAGGUGCCCAUCUCUUCCUGUCUGGACUCCUUCUGCCAGCUCGCCUCCUCACAGCCACUGUCCGUCCUCCUCGAGUCCCCUGAGGAGGAGGGGGAGGAGCUGAUGGAGGGAGAGGGGGACGAGACUGAUGGGUGCAAGCGAUUGGUUCCAGCCCGGGACUCGACCAGCCAAGAACCGACCAAUCAGCCGGGGUCUAACCUGAAGAGUGACGCUCCUAUCUGGGAUGCAAUAAUAGGGACGGCUUGGGAGAAGGGGAUCCUGGAGCAGUCCGAGAUCACGCUGGUGAGCCUGAGUGACGACAGCACGCUCGGCCCGGACACCACGGCAACUGAGGAUGAGGAACAGGUAAGCAGCCCACUGAUCAAUCGCUCAUCCUCUGAUGAACUGUGUUUAGAUAGUACUGCUUCGUGUCCUCAAGGUUCUCAUGUUUUUCCAUUUUCUUCCCUCAGGAGGUUGAUUCAACACUCCUGCCUGAGGAGGAAGACCCACCUGCUGCACAAGAGAGUACCCCGUCCCAGCCAGGCGUGGUUCUGGAGCCCCAGGCGGGUCCCGCUGGGGGUCUCCAAGAGGCCUUCCAGAGGAAACGCCUGGCCCUGAUCCAGAGGUCUGCCCUCAGGGUGGAGGAGAUCAGGGCCAAACGCGUCCUGGCCAAGACCCAGCCCAGCAACGCCCAAGGCAAUCCACCACAACCCAGCAACACCAGAGGCACGCCACCCCAACCCAGCCAGACCCAAGGCACGCCACCCCA